AUGGCUACCUUUGAGCAAGUAAAAAGUUCGAAGGUCGAAUUUGAAAAGAAUAAGACGAUCUAUGACAAGAUUCUGCUAACCUUCAAGGGAGUGGAUGGCGAGGAUGUAUACAAUUGUUCCGUUCCUUUUAUAUAUAAGGGCAAAUGGCAUCUUUUUGGUCGUGUAGAAAAGCGCGCGGAGUGGGCGAAUUCAUACGUACGCCUGUUCAUUGAAACUGGUAAAGAUGAGUAUACACUGGUGUCGCAUCAGAUGAUUUGGCAGUUGGAGGAUCCGUACGUUUCAAAUGUCAACGGGGAGAUGAUUAUGGGUGGCACGCACGUGCGGAAAACUGGUGGAAAGGUGUUUAAUUAUUACUGCGACUUUUUCAGGGGAACACCAGAAAACUUAAACUACUAUACGUGUGGUCCAGAUAACAUGAAGGAUAUUCGUGUGGUGAUGCUGGCAAAUCGUCGAAUUGGGGUUUUUUCGAGGCCGAAGACCGCCACGCAUGCGUACAUAGGCUUUGCAAUAGUAGAUUGUAUUGAGGAUUUGAAGGCAAAAACAGUGGAGGAGGCGUUGCCGUUAAAUGUGAUUCAUACGGGAGCUUGGGGAGGGGUGAAUCAGGCGUAUUUGUUGACGUCAGAUAAGGUUGGUUGUAUUAGCCACUACAGUUAUAUUGAUCAAGACGAAACGGGCGGGCAACUCACCGUUUAUGUGAAUUAUUCUUUUGUGAUGGAUCCCUAUACGCGGGAGGUGGAGGAUGCGAAGAUUAUUGGAACAAAAGGAUGCUAUCCACCCUGUCCGGCGAAGACACCGAAAUUGGUGGAUUGUGCUUUUACCUCUGGUAUUGUUAUGCUAGAUAAUGGAAAGUGUAAUCUUUACAGCGGCCUCGGCGAUGCUUACGUUGGACGAAUUACCAUUGAUUAUCCUUUUGAGGGGCACGGAAAAAUUAUAGACAACCUUCGUUUUUAG